GGGGGGUGUAGAACGACAUGGCGGAGCGAAGUCAACGGAAUCCAAAAGAUGCAUCAGCGCUGCUGUUGUCACAGUUUGGUUCGGUUCAGAUCUCAAAGUGCGGUGGGAUUCAGAAUGCUAUCUUCAAUGCACUUUCCAUCUCAGCUACGUCUGAACCCAACUUCAGUACUGGCAAGUCUAGCUGUGGUGCUCACCAUCGGCAACACCUUGCUCAGUUUACAUCUUUGGCAACCCAAGGAACCCGUCACGACCUAUUCAUAUGUUGGAAACGACUUUCCUGAAUUUUUCGUUCCUCAGCGGGGGCCUCUCGCCUCAGUCGCGAUGACCAUGGAGGAGUCUCGCCACUAUGCCGUCUUUGGGCCAGAGGCUCUGGCAGAGUGGGUGUCAAACAGUCCCAAAGGCUUCGACUACGUCCGCCUCGGCUCUGAAUAUCGGGGUUUUGCAGUCGCAAUGUGGCAUGAGCUGCACUGUCUCCAUGUUAUCCGCGUCGUUCUCGACGGAGCUAACAGUCCGAUGGCAGUGGGUCAUCUCCACCACUGCCUCAACUAUCUUCGCCAGUACAUCCUUUGCAACCCCAAUCUCACUCUUGAACCCGCUGAUCUGCUGACACGAGACUUUGAGAAUGAUUUGACCGAACGGGAAGGAGCGACGCAUGUUUGUGUUGAUUGGGCGCAGAUGUAUGGCGAGAUGGAGGAUAACUGGGCUGAAUGGGAGCCGAUUCGGGCAUUCGUCACCCGUUCUUUUGUCUUUGCCAGUGGUGCUUAUGCCGUCUACCGACUGGGUAGCAUGUUGAAGGAGGCAUUAUGGCCCACAUGCGAUAUUCCGGGACCCCAUAAUCCUAGUCUUUUCUGGGGCAACUUCAGAGAAAUGCGGGAUGACCCCCAGACGCUCAACUCGUGGCAUACUGCCUACGGUCGUAUCUUCAAAUUCAGAAGCCUCUUUAGCUUCUCUCAACUUUAUACGACGGAUACUCGGGCUUUGACCCACAUCCUUUUCAAGACUGAGAUUUACCAAAAAUCCCCCAGUUUUCGUGAGAAUGCGGAACGAUAUACCGGAGUCAGCGUAAACUCGUUAGAAGGCGAGGAACACGAGCGUCAUCGGAAAAUACUGACGCCUAUAUUCAGUAUGUCGCAAAUACGACAGCUCAACACUGUCUUCCUUGACAAGGCUGCACAGCUUCGCGAUCUAUGGACAGAGCAGGUUACUCAAGGGAAGGCAGGCGUCGUGAUCGAUGUCUAUCCUUGGAUGCGGAGGUUUGCGACCGAUGUCGUGGGGCAAGCCGGUUUCGAUUACAACUUUCAUUUGUUGGACGGCACGGGCGAAACAAACGAGUUUUAUGUGGCCAUUAAAGCCAUGCUCCAUUCCCCUAACUACUUCUACCAUUACGUUUUCCGCUCUGCACAGGACAACUUUCCUAUCUUGCGUUGGAUUCGGCUUCCAGGUGGAAAGCAAUUCGACGCGGCUCGAGAAAGCAUGUUUGCGAUUGCCACUAAGAUUAUGGAAGAGCGCAAGGAACUCAUUCGUUCCAGUUCGGAGAAACACACAUCCAAGGACCUAUUGUCUGUUCUUAUCAAAGCGAAUCUUGGCAUUGAUGCAGCAGAAGACCGACGGUUCAGCGACCACGAAGUUGUUUGUCAGAUUCCUGCACUCAUAACCGGCGCAACAGAAUCCUCAAGUAUUGGCAUGUCUUGGUUGUGGUAUGUUCUUGCGGCAUACCCUGAAAUCCAAAAGAAACUGCGUGAAGAGCUGCAAGGUCUCUCAGCGCGAACAUCACAACCUACAAUGGACGAGUUAAACGGACUCCCCUAUCUUGAAUCCGUCAUAAGAGAAACUAUGCGCCUCCACUCUCCUGUCUCUUACAGUUGGCGGAUGGCCUAUUCGGACGAUUUAAUUCCCUUGAGCACACCUUUUAUAGACCAACGGGGGAGGAUAUUCGAAGCACUGCCUGUGAAGAAGGGUCAACGAGUGUACGUCCCCGUAUCUCAUGUAAACACGGACAAAGCACUGUGGGGCGAUGAUGCGCUUGAGUUCAAACCUGAACGAUGGGCUGCUAUUCCUGACGCAGCGAAUGGCAUUCCAGGUGUCUACGCAAACAAUCUCGUUUUCUGGGCCGGUCCACACGGGUGUAUCGGCUACCGUUUCGCACUUGCUGAGAUUAAAGCACUCAUUUUCACGAUUUUGUUGGCCUUUGAAUUUGAGUUGUCGGUGCCGAAGGAGGAUGUCGGCAAGACGACUGCGUUGGCGUUGGCCAGGCCUUUGGUGCUUAGUCAGCGCGCUCAAGGACCGCAAAUGCCUCUGCGAAUCAAACCAUACAACUCUUGA